GCGUGGACGGCGGCGCUCGCGCUGCUGCCGCCGCUGCAUCUCCUCACCGUCCUGAGGUAAAAGAAGGCAGGAGCUUCGCCCGGCCGCGUCGGCGGCAGCGAUGGCGUUCACGCUGUACUCGCUGCUGCAGGCCGCGCUGCUCUUCGUCAACGCCAUCGCGGUGCUGCAUGAGGAGCGCUUCCUCCGCAGGAUUGGCUGGGGAACAGACCAGGGAAUUGGAGGAUUUGGAGAAGAGCCCGGAAUUAAAGGACAGUUAAUGAACCUUAUUCGAUCUGUACGAACAGUUAUGAGAGUGCCAUUAAUUGGACUGAACACCGUUACAAUUGUGCUGCUCUUGUUGUUUGGUUGAAGUUGGUGUCUUCCAAUCAACCUGUCCAGUAUCUCUAACAUACAGACUGCAGACCAGUUUAUUCAUUAGGAUUCAAUUUGGCUUUGCUUUGGAAGCAACACAUCUGUUUCAAUAAAGACACCAUUUCUAUUUAUUGUAUUCCUUAAUAUUCAGCCCACUUCAUAACACCAGAGGAUUGGAAUCACUGCAAUCGUGCUGUACGUAUCCUGAACCAGAACCAGAUUUUUUCAUUUAAUAGUAUCAAAUGUUUACAGUAUGCAUUGUAACAUAUUGUAGUAAGUACUUAAAGAUUCUGUUUCUUAACUCCUCUGUUGCUCAGGGCUUAUUUUUCCAACGGUGUACUUGAGAUGUGCUUGUGUUUUAAGUUGACCUUUCAUUCAGUUUCUGAAGAACUGAAUGAUGUAGACUUUGCAGACCACUAGGUCAAAUAUGGCCCAUGGACUAUAUGAAUGUCACAGAAAUGGAAAUUUUGUUACUGGCACAUAUUAGAGGUUUUUAAAUAGACUUUUGAUAGUUGAUCAGUAGUAUAUGAUUUAUAUCUUUACACAGCAGUGACAUUUUAAGCUUAACAGUUCGAAAUCUGGUGACAUGUUGCAACUGCUAUAUAGCCAAACUUAGAAGAGUAAGACCUAGAAAUGGAAACAUGUAAAACUUCAUUUGGCAAGUACAGUUUAUUAGUAUGUUUUACAGUGGAUCUUUAUCCUUUCCCAAGAUUUUCAUUGUAAAUAAUUGUGGAUACUGUGUGUAAUCUGUUUUGGUGAAAGAAUUUUUAAAUAUUGGGGAAAAGAAUCUCCUUUU